AUGGGAGACAUCCGUCAGUCUUUGCUUCCUCGAGAUGUUUUGAGUGCAGCUAAAGAGCUGCUCUACCACCUUGAUAUCUACAUUUGUAACAUGGUGCAGUCAGGAAGACAAGCCCCUCAGGUGGACUCUAAAACCUUGGAUUUGGUAGAGGAGUUUAUUUUACACAAGCCCAAAGACAGGAGCACUCAAGUCAGGAGGAUGAAUGCUCUCCAAGAGCUCCAUCUGCUGGAAAUCAUGUGUAGCUGUUUCCAAGAGCAGAGCCGUGACACAGUUCGACAGCUCGUGUUUUCAGCACUUUUCAGUCUCCAGGCCAACCAGGCUGACGAGAGCCGCAUGUCACUGCUGGGGAAACUGGUGUCUAUGGCAGUAGCAGUGGGAAGAAUCCCUAUUUUAGAGUGUGCAGCUACGUGGUUACAGAGAACGCAUAGAGUGUACUGCGUACGCUUGGCUCAGGUGUUGGUAGAUGACUACUGCAGCCUUGUGCCAGGCUCCGUUCCUACUCUGAAGAACAUACACUGUGCCAGUCCACGCUUCUGCUGCCAAUUCAUCACUGCUGUGACCACUCUGUAUGAUCUCUCCACAGAUGAGUUAACUCCUCCUCUAGAACUUCUUAAGAUGAUUGUGACCUGGAUCCAGGAAGACCCUCGCUUGGUGCUGAUCAGUUUUCUGAACACGCCACUCUCCAAUAGCCAACCUGCCAGUGCACUUGAUGUUACGCCCCUGGGUGGACUGGUCCGGUGGUGCGUUAAAGCUCCUCUUGCGUAUAGGAAAGACAAGAAGCCUGUCAUGGUCAAUGGGAACAGUGAAAAGGAACAAGAGGCUGGUCCUCUCUUCUCUGCGCUUCACUUAAGUGUGCUACAGGUCUUAAUGCUCUUGCCAAACAUACUAACUGAGAAGGGAUUGUAUGGCCGUCUUGCAUUGUUGCAAAUUGAAUCUGUUGCUGCCCUGACCUCAGACGUCUCAAGACUAUUGGAUCAAGCUGAUAAACACACUCACACAAAAUCAGAUGAAUCACAUACUGCAUCUCAGCUGUCUCUGGACCGUCUGGCACAAGCUCUGCAGGUGGCUAUGGCCAAUCGAGCUCUUCUUUGCUCCAGAGAGGACCUUCGAACAAUUUGUUCCCGGCUUCCACACAACAAUUUGCUGCAACUCGUCUUGUCCGGACCAGUGGUGUAUUAUAACAACAUUCACACGUCUCCGUUAUCCUUCAGUCCCCAUGCGGCGCACUCCCCCAUCGCCUCUCACCCAACUCUUCCGGUACACUCCCCCCACCCAACUCUACCGGUCGCUCACCGGGAGAAGACAGAAGCAGACCUCGUGUGUGUCUGUGCGAGACUCACUGAGCCGCAGCGAUCAAAGGUUAAAAGAAGAUGGAUCAGGCAAGGUCAACCAUUUCUAAAAUAUUCAAUGGAGAGCCUCAUUCGUACACCCGCUUUAACCUGA